AACAACAACACAAGUCACAACAGUAAACAUAAAAAUGCUACGCAUAAGCAAUAAGUUCAUGACAAUAAAAACAUUGUCAAAUGUUUAUUCAACUAAAAAUGUCCAUCACAAUUGUAAAGUAUUGGUUGUUGGUGGAGGAACAGGUGGUUGUAGUAUGGCUGCAAAAUUAUCAAAAAAAUUUAAUAAAUCACCUAAUCAUGUGAUUAUUGUUGAACCUUCUGAGGUGCAUUAUUAUCAGCCAAUGUUUACAUUAGUUGGUGGUGGUUUAAAAGAAUUUUCAUCAUCACACAGGCGAAUGAUUGAUGUCUUGCCAAAAAAUUCCCAAUGGCUGAAAGACAGUGUCAUGACAUUUGAUCCAGAAUCAAAUAAAGUAAUAACAAAAAAUGGUGAUACAAUUGAGUAUGAAAUAAUGCUAGUAGCAAUGGGUCUCCAGCUCAAUUGGAAUAAUAUUCCUGGUCUUGUUGAUGCACUGAAAAAUCCUGAAUCACAAGUAUGCUCAAUAUACAGUUCAGAAACAGUGACAAAAGUUUUUGAUAAAAUUAAAAAAACUACAAAUGGACCUGGUAUAUUUACUUUUCCAAAUUCUCCAGUUAAGUGUCCUGGAGCACCACAAAAAAUUGCCUACAUUGCUGAGGAUUACUGGCGCAAAAAAAAAUUGAGAAAACAAAUUGAUGUGAUAUACAACACUUCAUUGCCAGUUAUAUUUGGAGUUAAAAAAUAUGCUGAUGCUUUGUGGAAUGUUUGUGAUAAGAGAGAUAUUAAAGUGAAUGUUCAAACGUGCCUUGUUGAAGUUAAAGAUGACAAGCAUGAAGCUGUAUUUCGAAAUUUAAAAAAUCCUGAUGAAACGUUUACGAAAAAGUAUGGAUUUUUACAUGUAGUACCACCAAUGGGUCCACCAGAUGCUCUUAAAUCAAAUAAAUUAUUAACAAAUGAUGCUGGAUUUCUUUGUGUAGAUUCACAAACUCUCACUCAUUUAAAAUAUAAAAAUAUUUAUGGUAUUGGUGAUUGUACAUCUACACCAAAUUCAAAAACUAUGGCUGCUAUUGCUUCACAAUCAAAAGUAUUAUACAAAAAUAUAAUGAAUGAUUUUUCUGGUACGACAAAUAAAUUACAUUACAAUGGAUAUGCAUCGUGUCCACUUGUAACUGGACCUGGUAAAUGUAUCAUGGCUGAAUUUGAUUAUAAUCUUCAGCCACUAGAAACAUUUCCAGUUGAUCAAAAAAAUGAACUUUGGAUUAUGUAUUACAUGAAAAAAGAAUUAUUUCCAUUUCUUUAUUGGAAUUUUAUGCUCAAAGGUAACUGGAAUGGACCAGAAUUUUUAAGAAAACUUUUAUCAAUUUUUAAAAGUAAAAAUAAAAGUAAAGUGACAAAAUAAAUUAUUGAUUUUAUAUAUUAUUAUUAAUGAAUAAUUAUUAUUUUUAAUGCAAUAAUAAAUUUAAGAAUUAAAAAAAAUUUAUUUACUUUAAAUAUAUAUGUAUGUGUCCUUUUAUUUUUCAAUUGAAGAAAUGAUUUUUUUCGAUCCCAGAAAAAAUAUUUCAUCGAAAUUUUUCGAUUUUAUUUCGAAUUUUAAUAACUUGUUUUAUAGAUUGAUAAAAUCCAAAUGAAAAAUAAUUAUUUGUUAAUUUAAAACAAUUAAUUUCAAUACUAAAUUUGUAAAAAAUUAAAUUAAUAAUUUAUAAUAAUAAAAGUAUCAAAAAAUAUUAAUUAUUUUCAUUAAAAUUACAGCUAUCACUAUUAUAAAUAUUAAAAAAUAAAUUUAAAUAAUCAGUCAAUAUUAA